CGCUUCAUUACAGUUGCAUAGCGAUCCUGGUGCGGCUGUAGACAGCGACUGAAAAUGAAGAGUUAGCCGUUUACAAGCAAUGGCCAGGCUGCCUUUACAUACAGCUGGGUGACUCCCCGCGGUGUCUUGGAGUUGCUAUGAAGGCGGGGGCCUCGUCCAUGUGGGCAUCAUGCUGUGGUCUGCUGAAUGAGGUUAUGGGUACUGGAGCCGUGAGAGGGCAGCAGCCAGGUUUUGGGGCAGGUGCGGGGCCGUUUCGUUUUGCUCCUACUGCAGGAUACUCCACAUACCCGCCCACCAACUCCUCCAGCACAAGUCUAGUGUGUCAGGCUUGUGGACAAGCUUUCUCUGUCUUUAGGAGGAGGCACAUCUGUUGUGACUGUAAGAAGAGUUUUUGUUCGCUGUGCUCGGUACUACAGGAGAACCUGCGCAGAUGCACGACUUGUCACCUGCUGAAGGGCACUGCAUUCCAGCGUCCACAGCUCAUGCGUCUGCGUGUUAAAGACUUGCGGCAGUACCUUACGUUACGCAACAUUAACACUGAUACCUGCAGGGAGAAGGAAGACCUUGUGGACUUGGUGCUUUGCCAUCAAGGGGUAGAAAGUGAGGAUGAUCCAGACACGCCUUCUCUGCAGUCACACCCCCUCUAUAGCCCACCACCUUCAAUUGAAGAGCCCACUUCCCCUCUCUCAGCACUCUCUCCAACUCAAGGAGAACCAAUCAGUAGGAGCAACAGCUCAGAGUCCACCAAUCAGGAUAUUGAGGACUCCACUUCAGUUUCACUCCUUAACCUUGACCAGACAGAACACACACCUGAGGUUAGUCCUCAGACGCGGCGGCGGGCUAGAGCUUCUCUGUCAGACCUGUCCUCUCUUGAUGACGUGGAGCAGCUGACCGUACGGCAGCUAAAGGAGAUCCUGGCGAGGAACUUUGUGAGCUUCUCUGGCUGCUGUGAGAAGUGGGAGCUGGUGGAACGUGUCAGGAGGCUUUACCGGGAGAAUGAGGACAAUCGCAAAUCUAUGGAAAAUGUGAGCAACCCCAUCACUGCAGUGGUAGCUUAUCCCCCUCCAAUCUGCAAUGGUGGAAUCGGAGAUGGUUGCAAGACCCAGUUAUCAAAUGACGACAACCUGUGUCGCAUCUGUAUGGACGCGAUAAUCGACUGUGUGCUGCUGGAGUGCGGUCACAUGGUCACCUGCACUAAAUGCGGGAAGCGCAUGAGCGAAUGCCCUAUCUGCAGACAGUACGUUAUCAGGGCUGUGCAUGUUUUCAAGUCUUAAUACUGCUGGGAGAACAUCCCGCUCCACCUGUGGACCGUUUUGCAUUAGGGACUCGUGAGGACAUGCACAGCAAGUGCCCCGUCUUUGCAUCGGAUCAGUGAGGAAGCUAAAAUUCUCUGCUUAAUUUUUCAUGAAGCUUCAGGAAGCCUUCAGACAGUGGUCCGCAAUGGCUUUGUCAAUAAAUGCUUCAAUAAAAACAUUCCACAAGCUCUUCAAAGAGGCUCUGUAAUAAUAUGCAAUUGUUCAGCAGCAACACCUCACAGCGUUGACUUGAUGUCCUACAGCUUUGAAGACAUUCUGCUCACCUGUCACAUGCAAGCACUGUGAGAAACUCAAAAGAAUGAGAAUUACUCGAGUGUGCUCAUCAUCAUGCACCAUAACUCAGGAUGGAAGGAUCUGAAUGUUCCUGUUCUUUUAUUUCCAUUUUUGUUGCAACAUCUGUGAAUGGGCUUUUGUUUUCUGUGUGGAUUGUGAACAAAGUUUUGGAGUUCCUACAAGUUACAUUGUACCUCCUGGUAACUUGACACUUGUACAAUUCAAUGAUUUCAUAAGUGGCAUAAUGAACAUGUUUUGUGGUACACAACAGGUCAUUCUUCUCCGGAUUCAGCAGUCCUCCGUUUUUUUUUU